AGGGGGGCAGCCCCGCCGUGAGGAGGGUGGGAGCUCCCGCAGCCGUUGACGAUGGAAGAACUAGAGCAAGGCCUGUUGAUGCAGCCAUGGGCAUGGCUACAACUUGCUGAGAACUCACUGUUGGCCAAGGCAUCUAUCACCAAGCAGGGGUAUGCCUUGCUGAUUUCGGAUCUUCAACAGGUGUGGCAUGAGCAGGUGGAUACUUUGGUGGUCAGCCAGCGAGCUAAGGAGCUGAACAAGCGUCUAACUGCUCCCCCCUCAGCUUUUCUGCACCAUCUGGAGGAGCUGCUUCUCCCAUUGUUUAAAGAUUCUGCUCACCAGGAUGCUGCUCAUCCUAGCAAAGCUACCUUCUCCUGUGAUCGAGAAGCAGAGGCACUGGUUCUUCGGGUGCGGAGCGAGCUGUCUGGGCUCCCCUUCAAUUGGCAUUUCCACUGUACUCCGGCUAGUUCUUCACUGGUCUCUCAGCAUUUGAUUCGUCCUCUGAUCGGUGUGAGCCUGGCAUUGCAGUGUCAUGGGAGGGAGCUAGCAGCAUUGCUUCGGAUGAAGGACCUAGAGAUCCAGGGCUACCAGGAGAGUGGGGCUGUGCUGAGCCGAAGUCGAUUGAAGACAGAGCCAUUUGAAGAAAAUUCUUUCUUGGAACAGUUUAUGGUACAGAAAUUGCCGGAGGCAUGCACUGUUGGUGAUGGAAGACCAUUUGCCAUGAAUCUGCAGAGUCUGUAUGUAGCAGUCACCAAACAGCAGAUCCAAGCAGGACAGAAGCAUCAAGGCUCUGGGGAGACUCAGACAUCAUGCAGCACUUCCCCUCGAGGAACUGAUAGCCAGCUUCUGGACCAGCCAGAACAGCCAGUCUCUUCUACUCCAGCCCUCUCAGAGCCUGAACAUGAGCCCAUGGGUGCUUCAGGCCCUAUGCAGAGACCUCAGCUGGCAAAGGCCAAGAGGAAGAAGCCAAGAGGACUCUUCAGUUAACUGACCAUGUCUCCGCCACUGAGAAGGGAGCAGAACAGCUUCCCAAUAUCAUCUGGAAAGGAGCUGGCACGUCAGAACACCCUCUGAUGGAGCUGCAGUCAGAGGCCCAAGUUUAUGUUGACAGGCCACCUGAAUGGGAUCUUCUUCUCUGGCAGAAGCUUGGCUCUGGCUCCAACUCACUGACAUUGGCAUUCCAUAUAUGAGUGAAGCCAGCUCCUCAUUCAAUGGUGUUCUUUCUGUAGAACUAGUACCCUAUGGUGAACUUAGCUAAAGCAAGUCUGCAAAGAGGCGCAUGCCCAAGACACCUGUCUGCUUUUCACAAGGGUCCCUCACAGUCCCACAGGCCCCUUAGAAAGCCACUUCUCUCCUAACACAGAAUAAAGGGCACUCGCACUGCCCUGCUGUUGAGGUGGCCUGCUUGUGGUCUGUAACCUCUUUGCACCCACAGUCCCUGGUUAUAUCCGGGUCAUAUUGAGCUGUCAUUCUCUUCCUACAGAUUUUCUGUCAGCUUCUCUAAUGUGGCCCGAGGUCAGUCACAAUUAAAACCGUGAUCUUGAGAACUCUCUA